CUGAUUUGCUACGCUAAAUCUUAAAUUAGAUACAUAUGUUCCAGAACUAAUUUAGCGAUCUAUAAAAACCUCGUUUUAAAGCAAAGUCAAUAUAUUUCUUAAGCAAAUCUAGAGACUAACUCAACAUGGCUCACAUUGGAACUUUUAUAGCAAUUGCUCUGCUCGCCGCUGCGGCUCCGCCUUCUUGUCCAGGAGGUUGUGCUGGUUGGGUGCAACAUGGCUAAAAUGAUGAUUAAAUAAAGCAUGAUUUUAUUUGAAUACAUACUGGCAUUGAGAACAUAA